AUGAGCACUCUCAAUAAAUCUGAAAGUAAGAACAGUAGCAGGAGCGGAAGUAAUCGUAGCAUUUCCCCGCAAAAAUCACCGUCGUCUGGUGCCAGCAAUCAAACCUUUCACAUCCCCAUUCCUACCAUACAUCACAAAGCUUCUUCGUCGGGGAACGUCUUCAUCACACCGCAUCACAACAACAAUAGUUUCUCGUCGCAAAAUACCAUAGGUAGGAAUCAACAAUGGUUGGACGAAUUGGUGCAGCAACGAAGGGUCAAAUUCAUACCCUACGAGGAAUUCGAGGAUGAGCGGAUAUUGGAGGAAGGUGACACAGAACACAGGACCGGGGGAACCAACGACAGAAUAAAAACGGUGAGUUGGAAGAAGAUGAGAAGACGUGUGGUCCUGAAAGAUUUAGAGAAUGUGAAUGACUUGUCCGAUGAGACACGGGAAGCAUUUGUUAAUGAGUUAAAAUUGCACCUGCAAGUGGACGUUAACGAAAAGAUCAUAAGAAUUUCCGGUCUUAGUCAAGAGGCCGAAAACAACGCCUACGUCGUCGUGAUGCAAUAUGCUGACGGCGGUAAUCUUCAAGAGUACCUGGCGAAAAAUUUCAAGCGUAUGACCUGGGUGGAUAAGUGUACACUGGCGAAACAGAUUGCCGAAGGCGUGGAAUUUUUGCAUCGGAAUGGCAUCGUUCAUGGAAAUUUGCACUCACGGAACAUACUAUUCCACCAAUCUCAUCCAAAACUCACCGACUUCGGCACCUGCAAUCACAUGAUAUCAUCUUCGUUGGCCUAUGCACAUACUGAACCUCGUUACAUACCUUACAUCGAUCCGCAAUAUUUGUAUCAUCCGAACAUCUACAUCAAAGACACGCGAUCGGAUGCGUAUAGCCUAGGUAUAAUAUUAUGGGAGAUAUCUAGUGGUCGGGUGCCAUUUGGUUCUUAUAGUAGUUGGAACGCUGACGAGAAAAUGGUUGACGGAAAAUUCGAUAUUCGAGGUACGACCACUCACGAACGAGCCGAGGAGUUGACGAAUCGAAUAAUCAAAGGCGUACGUGAACAAGCGGUACGGGAUACGCCAAAUGCAUACUUUGGGAUAUACAAUAAAUGUUGGCAGAGCAAUCCAGCGGUGAGACCGACGAGUGAGGAGGUGGUCAGAGAGUUGGAAAGAUUGUUGGAUGAAGGAGUAACAACGUCGAUAAGUAGGGGAGUGACAGAGGAUGAGAGGUCUACGGUGACCCCAAAGAGAUCGCGCAUGUCGGAGAUAGACUUGGCAGAGCUUCGAAAAGAUGCUUUUGCUGCUGAGAUGUGGUUGCAUUAUCAAGAGGUUGCCGAGAAAACCGGAAAAAUCUUCAGCUUGAGUGAUUUUCUGUCGAACGGUGACAAUGAUGAAUCCGAUUCGACUACGGAAGAAAAUGAACAAAAUGGAGUUGACCAGACUCAAGAUAAUCCGCCGGAAUUAACUAGAAAUUUUCAAAAAAAUCUGAGCAAUGACACAUAUCAGAAUCCGGUGAGCAAGAAAUGGAAGAACAAAGCAAGAUCAUUAGUCAAGAGGUUUUCUGGCCGGAACUCCAGAUCACAAAGAGUUUCAGAUGAGAUCGAAUCUGUGCGCAAUAGCGAAGAUGAUGAUGGUUCAGGCGAAGAGAAUUUAUCUGUUGGAUGGACCAUAAUAAGUCGAGACGAAUUUGAAAAUUAUGAAACAAAUUCAUCAAAUAAAAACGCGAGUUUGGGUAAUUUAAUGUCCCACAAUAGCAGUCUGAAUGCAGUCACAGAGACGGACGUGGCUGGUCCUUCUUUGAUCGAAUCUCAUAUUGAUGGAACGUCGAAUCAAUAUGUAUACAGCGACCAUUGUAAAUUUUUAUUUUUGAGGAAUCAAUGGACUUUGAAUUCGCAAAGGUGCUUUGCGGCAUACCAUGCAAGAGUCGGAGAUUUGGAGGGUAUCAGGUGGCAUGUCAAGAAUGAUGGGGAUGAGGUUCUGGACAAUGUUCAGGAGAUCUUGGGUCCCAGGAACAGCUAUCGUAAGCCUUUGGAACCUCUGGUGAUAGAGGCCACGACCUACUGUCCAGCUCGUUUACUUCUUCCAACCUACACCCUGCUCGUGAAUCUCGGAGCGAAUAUUCACUCGAUCGAUUCAUACACCUCUGGCACGUGCAUAAAUUUUCUCGCUACAAACACCUCACUCCUCUCAGAUCCCCCCUCGAGUACUCACUCGAUGUUUACCACGUCAAGUUCUCCCAACGGUUAUUAUUUCAGACAGUGUUUGACAUUCUUGCUUUCAAGAGGUCUGGACAUAAAUUCUCAGACGAUAACGGGUGACACCUUGCUCACGUCACUGAUAUUCAGAUGGCACCCGAACCUAACGCCAGAAAUAAUCGAAUUCUUGAUAAAAAAUGGUGCCAAUCCGAAUUUGGCAAAUAAACGCGGUGGAACUCCGCUUGGAUACACGCUGCUGGCCACAAGAUUUGAAAAUGAUGGCGGUCCAUUUAAAAAGGUCUACAGGAUAUUAAACAUGUUGAUCGAGGGUGGCGGGGAUAUUAAUCAAGAAACCGUGAUACCUGGCCGGAGGAUGAAGAAUUUGUUAUGGGUGCUGGUCGAUGUCAGCGUGAAUUUGAAGAUCGAAGAGCAAAGGAAAACACUGGAGUUGUUACUGGAACGGGGAAUAGACGUGGGAAAACUGAAAGGCCGAGAAGAGGAAAGCGGAAUUUUCGGAAAUGAGGUAUUCGGCGGCUCCAUGGAAAUGACAGGGGAACACGAUGAAUACGAAGAAUUGAUAUACAAUAGCCCCACUGAUGUCUCAUCACAAGACGAAUUCUUAGGUGUCGGUACCUCGGCCACCAGCGCGACGCAACAAAAAGCAUCAACUUUAAAAUUUCCAUCGUCGCAAAUAAAAGCACGAACACCGUCGACUUCAUUAGCCACGCAUAACAUACCUUUAUCAUUAUUGAGGCCACAUAGACGUACUUCAUCACAAUCAACACAAACAUCACCAACUUCUCCGACGUCAAAUUAUCUGAUUAACCCAUCGCAGAUUGAUCUGGCAGCUUCACAAAGGGAAUCUCGACCCGUACCAAUGUUUAUCCCUCCAAAACCUUUAAACGCCAUGGUCUAUGCUGUACAGUUGAACCGGUAUGAAAUGGUGAAAAUUCUGUUGGAGCGUGUUUACGAAUUCAGUGAAACAGAGAGUGUAUUGGAUGCAUUGAAAGAAUGUGGAAUUUCAAAUUACGAAAGUUUUGGUCAUAAGAAAAGUAGCAGCGGGGGAAAUAUAAUUACCGGAUUAUUCGGGAACGCUGGAUUCCGAAGGCAGGCAAAGAGAUACGGUGGACAUAGUGAGAUCAUAAAGUAUUUGAUGACUUGGGCUGGCGACAAUGAUGACAAAAGGAAAAAGGUGCUGUCAAAAUCGGAAAAGGCGAAAUCAAGAUGGAAGAACAAU